AGUAGUACCGGUCGGUGCAGUGAGUGCGGACCGGCGGCCGGUGCCGGGCCGGGCGGGCCGCGUGUGGCGCAACGCCGCGAGCGUUCACCUCCGGCCCGCUUCUCUUCCUUACUUCCGGACGUUAAGACUCAGAACCGGUUAUUAUUUUUAUGAAUCAAUUAAUAGUAACUUCAUUCAGGUAUACAUGUCUUGGACAACUGAAUGCAAUUUAAACUUGAGUGUCGGACUCACGCCUCAAGAAGCUUUCAACAUGGCAGUUAAAUUUCUGAGCAGGCUGUUCUUGUUAUUCGCCACAGCGCACUGCGCCGCCGACAACAUCCUCCGAUCUCCGCGGCAGUCUCCGGGGAGUAUAUUCACUGUGGGCAACGGGGAGCAGUGCCUGGGCUCCGACAGAUCCACCGGGGGCGUGUGCCUCUCGCGCAACCAGUGCAACACGCAGGGAGGGAAGGCCAUCGGAUUCUGCGGAGUGUUCGCCACUUGCUGCGCGCUGAACGCGUGCGAUGUGCGGACCAACACUAAGGUGGCAGUGUUCAUCAACCCUCCGCUGAACAGAGAGUCUUCAGGUCUGGAGUGCUCUUACAACGUGGAAAUAAACAACAACAACGUGUGCCAGAUGAGGAUAGACUUCGAGACCUUCAACCUCGCGCCGCCGACGACGGUAGAGUCAGUGGAGAACGUCACCCAGCGUCCAGGAUACACCUGCAGGAACGACAUCUUCCAAGUAACAAACCUACAGGCCAACUCCGAUCUGUUGCCGGCACUCUGCGGCGACAACAACGGGCAGCACAUGUACAUCCGAGUGAACGCGUCCACGAACAGCCGAUCGAUCCGCAUCAACUUCAAGAUAGCGGACCGCAACACGCAGCCGAACCUCCCGCAGGCCACCUGGAAGAUCAAGGUCACGCAGCUCGAGUGCUUCAACACUCUCGGCAAGUACCGCGACGGCAUCCUGGAGGCCAUCACGUCGUCGCUGCCCUCCACCCCGUUCACGUCCUCCGCCGACCGGGACGAGUAUCUCAUCGCUCCUCCCGGCUGCCUGCAGUACUUCCCGGACCGGUCGGGCUCGUUCGAGUCGUUCAACUACAACCGCGGCGCAGGGCCCUACAUCGCGAACCUGGCCUACGCGACCUGCUUCAAGCGACCCUCCGACGUUUGCGGCGUCAAGAUAACGUCGGCGAGCUUCGAGCUGGCGUACCGGGACUCCGAGAACCUGUACCUGGACACGGACUGCCAGAUCAACCCGGUCACCCAGGGGGUGGCACAGUCCGAGGACUACCUGUUCAUCCCGGAGGCCGAAACCGCUGACGGGCUGCGGGGCACUAAGUUCUGUGGCAGCAGCGCAGCCGACCAGAUCGUAGCUUCGAUCCCGCCGGGCCCCCUGUACGUGCACUUCCACAGCGACAACCUGGUGACGGACGGCGUCCCGGAGUCAGGGUACAGGUUCAACUACAACGUGCUCAACAACUGCUACCUCAAGUAG